AUGUCAUGCCAUCUGACAUGUGAGAGCAGGGCAAUCUUGUUUUUCUGGCAGGUGAUUGCUACCGUAGGAUUCCAAAUCAUCAGUCCGACAAUAGAUAAACGAUUACGAUCAUUAAUUCAAUAUCAUGAGCAUGCAAUUGAAGAGUGUGUCAUAGCUACCAUACUGGGUCGCAAGAAGAAGCCAUUUAUUGGCAAGAAAGAAGGUUAUCGAUUCCAACUUGUUCAUCGAAGUCAGCGAGAUCCACUUAUUGCCGAUGAUCAAGCACCGCAAUAUGUUUUACACCCGUUUGAUACAGACAAGAAUGAAGAAACAAGACAGCCAAAGAUGGAGGAGGAUGAUUAUCAAGCUCGGGUAUACGAACAGGAGAAGUAUGGUGUCUAUUUUGAUGACGAUUACAACUACAUGCAGCACCUUAAAGAACGCCAUGAUAAAGCCACAACCUCAAGUGACAAUGUUGAUUUUGUUUACAUCGGUUCCAAUAAGUCAAAAAUAAAGUUACCGGCAAAUGCCUUUCCGUCGCAACGUGAAGAUGAUGUCGGUCUUCUGAAUCGUGGUCUUGAAUCGCAAGGACUUCAUCCAGAAUGGGAUCCAGAUAUUGUAGCCGCGUUAGAUGAUGCUCUUGAUCUCGAUGAUCCAGAUAACAUAUUGGAAGAUGAUUUCAUGCGAAAAGCCGAUGUUGUAGAUGAAGCGGAAUAUGACGCGGACGAAGGGGGAUACGAUGAUAAUGAAAAUGAUAUGUCAAGAUACAGAAAUGAUUCAUUUGGUAGUGACGAAUGUAUGAAUUCCAUGGCUGAUGACGAUAACGUCUCACAAUUUACCGGAUUAUCAUUGACAUCAUCUGUUGUAAGACGAGGAGAAGGUUUAACUCAUUUAGAUGACAGAUUUGACAAGAUACUGGAGGAAUAUGAAGACAAUGAAAUCGGUGCUCCUGAUGAUAGUGGUGAUAAUAUUUCUGGUGAUGAAAGGCGAGAAUUAGUUGAACAACAUUUGAGUAGAUUAAUUGAAGAACAAGUGUCUCUAAUGGAUAAUUCAUAUCGUCCACUUAAUGCAAAAAAGCCAACUAACGCCGAACCACGUGAUAUAAUGGAAGAAAGUCAAAUCGAUCUAGAUGAUGACAAUGAAACCGAAAGUACAGAGUCAGAUAGUGAGGAAUCAACUGAAUUGGUAGAGGUUGAAGAAAAACGUGAACUAUGGGAUUGUGAAUCGAUACUAGAAACCCGUUCAACUGCUUACAAUCACCCCAAAAUAAUUGCAAACCCGCCUAAAAAGAACGCAAACAAAAUAUCUGAUAAACCUCAGAUAAUAUUAUCGAAAAAGACUGGAAUACCAUUAGGAGUUUUACCUGGAAAAUCACCUAAAGAGAAAGUAGUAUCAGUCAAGACAAAUAUUACCAGAAGUAAGAAUGAGACAAAGGAGGAGAAACGACGAAGAAAAUUGGAAGUUAAAGGACAAAAAAAGGUAAGACGGCAACAGAAGAAAUCGACAAAAGUUGCCUUCAAAGCCGAGCAAAUAUCACAGGAAAGGUCCAUGGUUAAUACUAAUCAUAGCAAAGGGGUGACACUUUUAUAA